UAGCCAUCUCUCCCCACAGGGCCAUGACUCUUGGGAGGUGUUGGGACAAGCACACAAGCCUGACAGUGACAUCUCACCACCUCUGGGGCAGUACCUGACUGGGCACUGCGGCCCUGCCUGGGCUCUCCCACUGUCCUAGGGGGCAGCCAUUUUGCAGUUGUGACCAACCCUGUGCUGAUUAUUCUUUUCCCUCUUCAGGGAACUCCUGUAAAAUUAUGUCAGGCCACUGAUGGGUCUUUAUUGGCUUCACCCAUCCCAGCACCCACAAGCCCGGGUUCUAGUGUAGGCACCCAGGCAGCCCCAGCUGUCAUCAGGCCCUUGGUGACCUUGCCCUCUGGGGUAGCAGGUGAGUCCUGGUCUGUGCUGAGGUGCAGUGCCUCUGGAAAGCAGCGGGCCACAGGUUCCAUCCCAAGAACCACAGCUCUCCCAGCUACUCAAAGCAGCAAAGAGAUAAAGACUGACCCUGCAAAGAAUUUGAUCACACCCCAGGGACUUCUCCUCAACAGACCUGGGCAGUGGAUUCAAAGUGCUUGCUCUGCAUCUCUCAGGGUAACUUGAGGAAAAUGGAAACAGAUGAGGCUCAAGAUAUGUCCCAGGUUUCAGGAAAGGAAAGUCCUCCAACCAGUGAUGUCCCUGAUGAUCCAGAUGAACCUAUGCCUAUACCAGAGGACCUUUCAACUAGUAGUGGAGGUCAGCAGAGUUCUAAGAAUGACAGGAUCUUGGCUGCCUAUUUCUCUGUCCUUCGAAAGCCACCCUCUACGUCCAGCUUCCCAGAAGCUGCAUACGGGGCGGAAGGCUUUAGGGACUUUCAUGCAAUAAUUCCCAAAUCUUUUUCCACCGGUAAUAUUAAAAUAGAAACUCAGAGUGAUGAAGAGAAUGGGCGUGCCUGUGAAUUGAAUGGGGAAGAAUGUGCAGAGGAUUUACGAAUGCUUGAUGCCGCAGGAGAGAAAAUGAAUGGCUCACACAAUGGCUCAGGCAGCAAAGCUUUGUCAGGAGUUGGAGGCAUUCGACUUCCUAAUGGAAAGCUAAAAUGUGAUAUCUGUGGGAUAAUUUGCAUCGGUCCCAAUGUGCUCAUGGUUCACAAACGAAGCCACACUGGAGAACGCCCUUUCCAGUGCAAUCAGUGUGGAGCUUCCUUUACGCAGAAGGGCAACCUUCUGCGCCACAUAAAGCUGCACUCAGGUGAAAAGCCCUUCAAGUGUCACCUGUGUAACUAUGCUUGCCGCCGCAGGGAUGCCCUCACGGGACACCUGAGGACUCACUCAGUUGGCAAACCCCAUAAGUGUGGAUACUGUGGUCGCAGUUACAAACAGCGGAGCUCUUUGGAAGAACAUAAAGAACGUUGUCAUAACUACCUUCAAACCAUGAAUCUCUCAAGCAGCAUCUAUCCAGUCAUAAAAGACGAAAGUAACCAGUGUGAAAUGGCUGAAGACCUGUGCAAGAUAGGGUCAGAAAGAGCCCUCGUACUGGAUAGACUAGCAAGUAACGUCGCCAAACGUAAGAGCUCUAUGCCUCAGAAAUUUGUUGGUGACAAAUGUUUGCCCGAUCUUCCAUACGAUGCCAGCAUCAACUACGAGAAGGAGAAUGAGCUCAUGCAGACGCACGUGAUUGACCAGGCCAUCAACAAUGCCAUCAGUUACCUGGGGGCAGAGUCCCUGCGUCCCCUUGUCCAGACACCACCAAGCGGCUCUGAGGUGGUGCCUGUCAUCAGCCCCAUGUAUCAGCUCCACAAACCUCUCGGGGACAAUCAGAUUCGCUCCAACCUCCCUCAGGACAGCACGGUGGAAAACUUGUUGCUGCUUUCCAAAGCCAAGUCUGUCUCCUCUGAACGAGAUGUCUCUCCCAGCAACAGCUGCCAAGACUCAACAGAUACAGAAAGCAAUAAUGAGGAGCGCAGUGGAUUGAUCUACCUGACAAACCACAUAGGUGCUCAUGCAAGAAAUGGCAUCUCUAUAAAAGAAGAAAACAGGCAAUACGAUGUCUUGAGAGCAGGUAGUGACAAUUCCCAGGAUGCCUUCAAAGUGAUCAGCAGCAAUGGGGAGCAAGUAAGGGUUUACAAGUGUGAACACUGUCGAGUCCUUUUCUUGGAUCAUGUGAUGUAUACAAUCCAUAUGGGAUGCCAUGGGUUCCGUGAUCCUUUUGAAUGCAACAUGUGUGGCUACCACAGCCAGGACAGGUAUGAAUUCUCUUCCCACAUAACUCGAGGGGAGCACCGUUUCCACAUGGGUUAAGACACUGGCCUCAACACACACACAUUGAGCCUCAACAGCUGCAUUACUGGAGCUGCAUGAGCCAUGACAGAAAUAAAGCAAAAGUCAGCUGGACAGUAAAAAUCACAAGAGAAUCAGAAGUUCAGCAAUGUUCUCCCACAAGAACAGGGAUUUCAUUUUGGUAGCAUGCAUUGCUACUCAGUUUUCUAAAAUGAGUUUUUACUGAAAAUGUUUGAUCACCAAAAACCUUUAGUAAUGUAAUUAGGAGCUUUUGUAGUCACAUUGCUGAAAGCCUUUCCCUGAACUGAUGCUUCUUGCAAGCCCCCCUUGCCAGAACUCUUAACCACGCGCAGGAUGCUCUACACAACGAGGACACAACAGGCAGCAGUGGCCAGGCUUUCUCUCUUAACACCCUGAGCAUAGGGCUCUUCUACCAGGUGUGUGUUUUUUUGACUUCUGGUAUUAUUUGACUCGUUUGAGAAGAUUGAACUCAACGAAAGAUGGAGGGACCCAUCUCAGAUAACUUCAUGGACAGCUGGGGUGGGAUGGGAACACCCCCAGCCAGAAGGUUGUGAGUUGCUUUGGUGGUAAGAAGUAGAACAUUUCCACCUGGAAGGGUGCUACUGGUAUUUACAUCACAACAUGCCUUGUUUGUGUCACUAGGCAAACAAAAAAGAAUGCAAAAGAUAGAAGAAACACCUUUGUAAUAUACUCUGUGAAGUAUGAAUUGCAUUUAAUGUAUAGAAAAAGAGUAUUGUUGGCUCUUUUUGAGUAAAUAUUUUCUCUUCCUAUACAAUAAACCCCCAGUUUUUGUUAAGCAACUCCUCCUUUCUCUGCAUAUAAAAGUUACAAUGUAUUUAAUUUUUCAUUAAAGUUUUAGUUAUUUAGGAAAGUAUGAUGUACAGUUGAGAAAGUAGAUAGGUAUAUGUGUGGAGAGUCUUCUAAAGCACAUUUUUCAUCUUUUUAAAUUUUCUGGGAAAUAUCCAAAUGUCCCUCUCUUAGAUAUAAAAAAAAAAAUCCCAUUUUGCUUGCACAGAAGAUGUCCUCUUGUAAAUUUUGUGGCUCUAUUCAUAAGUGUUGCACUUGAUUAUUUUUAAAACACUGAGAUUAAUUAAACGAGCCAGUCAAAAUUUUCAGCUGUCUUCUUUUCUCCUGGAAUUUGCCAUUUAAUGAGGGACCAAGGUCCACAAGCUGUGGAGAGCCUUUGCUUCCUACCCAACCAGUCAUUUAAUGAAGUGCUUUGAGUUACUUUUCCUUCAGUAAAACUAAUCUUCAGAUAAAAAAAAAAAAAAAAAAGUUGGUUUUUGCAGAAUGGAGACCAGAGGCUGCAGCACUUUGCAGAAAGCAGAAAAGUCCACCAAAAUCUUUCUCCAUGGUGGGUUCUGCUGUAGGUACUGUAGCUUCAGUUAGAAUCAAAACUUCUAUGGCAAAUAGAUUUUGACUCCAAACACAUCUGAUAAAAAACCUCUUUUUUAAUGCUUCUACGCAGCUUCCUCUUCCAAAUAUUUAAUUUCUGUCCCUGAACACCCUCAUGCUUUAAGACUGGGUAAAAAAAUUUUUUGCAGCUGCAUAAAAAUAUGUCAUUGGUGCUGCAGUAUUUCCUGGGCAACAUUCAUAAAAAUGACCCAUCUUAUUAACUGAAUUUAUAAGCACUUCCACUCUGCAUAAGGAAUGGACAUUUUACAAUAAACACAGUCAAAUACCAAACAAGACUAGCAUUCUUGUCAUACAUUCACACAUUUUCCAUUCACAAGUGCACACAAGCGCAUGUAUUUACUAUAAAACAGAUUCGAUGGGACCAUUAACUGCUUGUAUCUCAGCCUGAGUGGCCUGAUACUGCACUUGCAGCUAUAUUUGAUAAAUAUUUCCUAUAUACACAUACUGCUACAGGCAUGCCGAGUUCCUUCUUCUGCUUUCACUUUUGCAGGUGUAGGUCAGGAGAAACAACACUGAAGCUGAGGAAGGACACUGAUGAAAAAAUGAAUCACAAAUGUGUGCUUGUACAACCUCAAGCCUUGGCUGUUCAUGCCAGCUGUGAGGCACUUGCUUCACUGAACACGUGGGCAUGGUGGUGUUUUUACACUGAACCUGCAAGAGAGCCUGACAUUGCAGUGGCUUUGUCACCAGAGAUGAAUGCUGGGUAGGAAUGCCCACAGACCCAUGCAUACAUCCACAGCAGGGAAAGCACAUUACUAGUACAUGUUAUGCCCCAAAAAUGAGCAGCAUGAACUACAGACCCAGAGGUGGUCAACUCUAUUCCCACAUUAGAGCUCAGUUACUUUAAAGGACUUUAUUGAUGCCCUCUACUCCCACAUUAUAACUAUAAUGAGACUUUAUCACUUGUUACCUUCCAGCCCAAGAUCCUGUAUGAGGGGUGGGCACAAGGAAUCCCUGGACACGUUCAUGCCCCAGCCAUGGUCUUGUCAUCAAUGCCUGCUACACAUUCAGCUUCAAGACAGACUGUACUUGGCAACAAGGUGUUACAAAAUAUUUUGUAUAGGAAUGAUCUGAAGAGGACUUUCCAGGGGGUAACUUACAUGGAUGAGUUUAAUUUAAUUUAUACCUUUCUUUAAGUACAGUUGGAAUGGGUUCAUUUUUCAUAGCUAGUAGAUAUACACUCAGCUGUUCUUACCCCUCUCCAAUUUUGAUUGAUGCCAAAUGAGAGGGGACAAAGUAAUUUCUAAGCCCUGCUGCAAUGUCCUGUGUGAGAUCAGACAUUGGCUGUACAUAAAUGUUCUGCUCUUACUGCUCUUAGACCUCCUUUCUGUUCUUCUUAGGUUUAGUAACUAUAUCCCCCAUGUCAUAUUUUUUUCAACCCUUUAUUUUAAGAUUUCCCCAGCUAUACAGGGUAGGGGGAUGGCAGCUCACUCAGGUGGUUUUGUUUCUUUGUCUUUACCUAAAACCGAUACAAAUAAAGCCACAUUCAUGAACCAUGUAAGCAAGCACAGCUCCAGUUGUGAGUUCAAGUGUACCUCAAACACAGCUUUGAAAGGAGAUUACUGAUUCCUGUGUAGGUUUGCUACCUUCACCACAUCUCUGUGCACAUGCACUCAUGUCUGAGUCCCUGUGUCUUUCCUCUUGUUGACAUGCACAUGCCCUCUCUGCGGCUUUGUGUAUCAUUUUUUAUGUACAUUUGUAUGUGUACAUAUAUCUAAAAUGGUUUGUAUGACAUGAUGAUGCACUGUCACUCACAGUGGGUUUGUUUCCUGGCUCUGGAGUUUUCCUAUUUGUACUAUAACAGAAUAUGUUGAUGUUGUAGAAUAAACAGUACAGUAGUAUAAGUAUAUUAAGACACAGUGAUUCAGGGCAUAGUCUAAAGGCAGAGCGAAUGGCAUUUUCUGUUCACUAAAGGGAUUUUUUAGGUUUUCUUUUUUCCUGUGUUUUUCUCUUUGGAACAAAAUCGUCUUCAAUUUGUUUAGAAACAAGUGGUUCAUUAAUUUUAUUUAUGAACAUAUGCAAGGAUGGCAUGAAAAUAGGAUGUUGUGUAUGUGUACAUUGAAACAAACUGUGCCCUCAGAAAAGUUUAGUGUAAUUUUUUUCUCUUUUUUUGCUAUGGUGCAAUAACCUGAUAUGGCUUAGUUGACCUUUAAAAGGAGUAAAUAUGUGAGUGGUUUUAAGUUUAUAUCUGUUUUAAAAAAGUAAGAAAUAAUUGCUUUCCAUUCUUUCCCCAGGCAUUGCCUUUUCUAAUAGAAGAAAUUGUAUUUACACCUUUUUUCUUUUUUUUUUCUUUUGCUGUUGUUUUAUAUUGUAACUUCAUUUUCUUUGAGAAUAUUGUACUUAAAAAGAAAAAAUUAUUUCAUAAAAAUUGGAAAUGUUAUUAAAUUAUGUCUGCAAACUGA